AUGGAUCGUACUGAUAUUAAUUCACCUAAGAAAAAAAAUCCUUGUGGAAAGUUUAUUGGUACUGGUCAAAAGCAAAUAAUUAUAAAUCUGUACAAAGAUUUCAAUCAACAAAUCGAAAAUCCCGAAAACCCCCGAUUGAACUACAGACAAAUGAUUUUGAAAAUUUCAAAAGCAUCUGGUAUUGGUCAACGAACAAUCCAAACAACUUUGGCCGAGUAUAGAAAUAAAGGUACUGUGUCAUCGCCCAACAAAAAGAAAAUAAGACCUACAAUUAUUGAAAAAGUGGACGAUUUUGACAAAAAUGCAAUAAGGCAAAAAAUUCAUAGUUUUUGGUUCAAUCGUGAAGUGCCCACAGUUGCGAAGAUGUUGAAUGCCAUAAAUGAAGAUGAGCAAUUACGAAGUAUGAAACGUUCAUCAUUUCAAAAAAUAUUAAAAGAAUUACAGUUUGUAUAUGUUAAAAAAAGUCGGAAUAGCGCGCUUCUCGAAAGAGGUGACCUUGUGACUUGGCGGCAAAAUUAUUUGAGCACAAUAAAGCAAUACAGAGCACAGGGCAGACCGAUAUAUUACUUAGACGAGACUUGGGUCAACGCGGGAGAAACGCGUAGUAGAUCAUGGGUCGACAGUUCGGUCACUUAA